GGAGGAGGAGCCUGAGAACAGGGAGCGGUCAGACUCUAUUUUCACUUGGAUGAGCAGAAAGAAGAAAAGUGAGCAGACUGAAGAUGAGUGGUUAUGAGGAGGAAGAGGACAGAGCAGAGUCUCCAGGGUUCAGCUGUGUGUCUCUGAAGAGUGACUGGUCCAAACAUGUUCCUCCAGAGUUCAGUAAAGAACCUGGACCCUCACACACAGAAGGUCAGGACCACAGACUGAGAGCAGAGUCUCCAGGGUCCAGCUGUCUGUCUCUCAAUAGUGACUGGUCCAUGAGUCUUCCUCCACUCUUCAGUAAAGAACCUGGACCCUCACACACUGACGAGAGGAAGAGGAGUCAUGUUUCUGAGGAGGAGCAGUCGUCCUGCUGUGCUUCGUGUCAGGACGUCCUGAAGGAUCCAGUCUCCACCAGCUGUGGACACUGGUUCUGCCAACAGUGCAUCACCUCAUACUGGGACCAGUCUGGUUCUUCAGGAGACUCCUCCUGUCCCCAGUGUGGACAAAGAUCCAGAACAGGAGCUGGAGCUCAGACAGCCGAUCGUGGUCUUCAGGAGGUUUUAGAUGAACAUAAGCUCAGUCUGAGGAGGAGAUGUGAACAUGUGACUGAAGGAUCUGAUGAAACAGGAAGUAGAACCCUCCUCAACAGGAUCUACACUGAGCUCUACAUCACAGAGGGACAGAGUGAAGAGGUUAAUACUCAACAUGAGGUGAGGCAGCUUGAGACGGCUUCCAAGAAGAAGAUCCUCCAGGACACUCCCAUCAAGGUCCACGACAUCUUUAAAGCCUCCACUGACCAGCAGAGCAGCAUCAGAGUCGUCCUGACCAACGGCGUCGCUGGCGUUGGAAAAACCUUCUCGGUGCAGAAGUUCACUCUGGACUGGGCAGAGGGUUUAGAGAACCAGGAUGUGGGUCUGCUGGCUGUGCUUUCGUUCAGGGAGCUGAACCUGGUGAAGGACCAGCAGCACAGUCUUCUCACGCUGCUCCAUGUUUUCCAUCCAGCGUUACAGAAGCUCACUGCAGAGACGCUCGCUGUCUGUAAACCUUUGUUCAUCUUUGACGGCCUGGAUGAAAGCAGACCUUCUCUGGACUUCAACCACAGGGAGCUUGUGUCUGAGGUCACACAGAGGUCAUCAGUCAACGUGCUGCUGACAAACCUCAUCCGGGGGAAUCUGCUUCCCUCGGCUCUCGUCUGGAUAACCUCCAGACCUGCCGCGGCCAAUCAGAUCCCUCCUUCAUGUGUUGACAGGGUCACAGAAGUACGAGGCUUCACUGAGGCCCAGAAGGAGGAGUACUUCAGGAGGAGAUUCAGUGAUGAAGAGCUGUGCAGCAGAAUCAUCUCACACAUCAAGACGUCCAGGAGCCUCCACAUCAUGUGUCAAAUCCCAGUCUUCUGCUGGAUCAGUGCUACAGUUCUGGAGCAAAUGUUGACCACAGAGCAGAGAGGAGAGCUGCCCAAGACCCUGACUGACCUGUACUCACACUUCCUGCUGGUUCAGACAAAGAGGAAGAACAACAAGUACGGUGAGGGACAUGAGACGACUCCACAGCAGCUGACGGAGGCUGACAGGGACGUUCUCCUGAAGCUGGGGAGGCUGGCACUUAAACAUCUGGAGGAAGGAAACAUCAUGUUCUACCAAGAAGACCUGGAGCAGUGUGGUCUUAAUGUCACAGAGGCCUCAGUGUACUCAGGAGUUUGUACUGAGAUCUUCAGAAGAGAGUGUGUGAUCUUCCAGAAAUCAGUCUACUGCUUUGUUCAUCUGAGUGUUCAGGAGUUUCUGGCUGCAGUCUACAUGUUCCACUGUUACACCAAGAGGAACACAGAAGAACUCAACAACGUCUUGGGAACAUAUUGGAACACAUACAGUACCUUCUCCCUGGAUGACCUCCUGAAGAGAACCAUGAAGAAAUCCCUCACCAGUACAAAUGGUCAUCUGGACCUGUUUGUUCGCUUCCUUCACGGCCUCAGUCUGGAGUCCAACCAGAGAGUCUUAGGAGGCCUGCUGGAUCGGACAGAGAACAAUCCAAAGAUCAUCCAGAGAGUCUUAGGAGGCCUGCUGGGUCGGACAGAGAACAAUCCAAAGAUUAUCCAGAGAGUCAUCAACAACCUGAAGGAGAUGCAGAGUGAUGACAUUUCUCCUGACAGAAGCAUCAACAUCUUCCACUGUCUGAUUGAGAUGAACGACCACUCAGUUCAUCAGCAGAUGAAACAGUUCCUGACGUCAGAGAACAAAUCAAAGGAGAAACUCUCUGAGAUCCACUGUUCAGCUCUGGCCUACAUGCUGCAGAUGUCAGAGGAGGUUCUGGAUGAGUUGGACCUGAAGAAGUUCAAAACAUCAUUUCAGGGUCGAUGGAGACUGAUCCCAGCUGUGAGGAACUGCAGGAAGGCUCGAUUCAGUGGUUUUGAACUCUCAAAGAUUCACUGUGGAGUCGUGGCCUCAGCUCUGAAGUCAGACCCCUCACAUCUGAGAGAACUGGAUCUGAGUGUAAACUCGCUGCUGGAUUCAGGAGUGAAGCUGCUGUGUUCUGGACUGGAGAGUCCAAACUGUCGACUGGAGACCCUGAGGUUGUGGACGUGCAGUCUAACAGAGAUCAGCUGUUCUUCUCUGGCUUCAGCUCUGAGGUCAAACCCCUCUUAUCUGAGAGAACUGGAUCUGAGUAACAACAACCUGCAGGACUCAGGAGUGAAGGAGCUGUGUGGUUUUCUACAGAGUCCAACCUGUCGACUGGAGACUCUGAGGUUGAUUUGCUGCAGACUGUCAGAGAUCAGCUGUUGUUCUCUGGCUUCAGCUCUGAGGUCAAACCCCUCUCAUCUGAGAGAACUGGAUCUGAGAGACAACAACCUGCAGGACUCAGGAGUGAAGGAGCUGCUUGAUCUGGAGCAGAGUUCAACCUGUCAACUGGAGACUCUGAGGUGGUGAUCUUGGUGAAGGUGAGUGUGAAGAGGACAUUGUGUGUGGACGGAGGCUGAGGUGUGUCCUGAGUAUCCCGAGGCUGCAGCAGCUUGUAUAGAAUACAAUGAUGUCAAAGUCACUAUCAUUUUCUAUUCUACUGUCUGGACCUGGUAUUUGUGAACCACAAUUCGGCCUACAUGUGUAGUCCAAUCCUGGAGCACAUGUUCUUUGUUCUGUAGACAAACCAGAGCCUCCAGAACUCAGUCUCCCAGCAUCAACGACACACAGAGUUGUGAAAACUGACGGGGACAUAUGUUUGAACCACUAUAGGUCACUCUGGGCGCCAUGACCCAUGAGGUCACCAGGCAAAUAUAAGCCCAGUUCUCUCCCCCCUUCUUUCUCUUCAUGCGCAACCCUCUGAGGGAAACCUCCUCCCAAUCCAAGCUCUACCAACCUUCAAGCAGUCCUGACUGGAGCAGGCUGCUAAAACCAUCCAAAAGGCAGUGACGCAAAAGCCUUCCUAAGAACAGUACAAGCGCUACAUCGCACAGCAGAACCACAACAGGAGCCGCAACACAACAAGACGAUUUUGAUGGACUUCGAACAGCACAUCAACCUUUUUUCCCCUUUCAACAAAACUGGGCUUAAUAAUUAUACUAGGCUAAGAAAAGACUGUUUCUCCGAAUGAUGUGUAUAAGUUUGAGUUGCUGUGAUAUUUUGGCUAUAAUUGUUUUGAAAGUUAAUGUUAGUUAUGCUCUUCACAGUCUUUCUUUGCAAGCAACUUUCUCUAACCUAAUAUUUUGGUUAUAAGUUAUUUGAAAGUUAAUGUUAGUAAGGUUAUGCUCUUCACAGCCUUCGUCAUGCAUCUAGUAACUUUCUCUAAUUUGGCACCAACAUACUAUUGGGGACGUUUUAUUUCCCUCAUAAGGACCAGCCGCCAUUUUUAAGGCAAACUCACUCACACAGACACAUAGGCACACACAAACAGGCAUGCAUACUCGCAUACACAUAUUCUUGACGACUCUGAGGCCUGUAGUCUACAUCCAGCAUCUGCAGCCUGCAGGGGGCGCACAGGGAUUACAUUUAAAUUUACUGUUGAGAAAAUACGAAUAUUAGUAAGGAAGUUCUUACAGGAACACACUGAACUCUACAUGUCUCUGGAUAACUGCAGCAGGACUGAGUAUGAUCAGGCAGCUGGGGAGGUGAUAGCAUUACAAAAUAUCCGGGACUCUUUGUUCAAGAAUGUUGUGAAACUUUUGAAAUAGGGGUAACCCCAAGAUUUAUACAGGUUAUCGUCAACAAUUUGGCACCACUUUCGUACAAUCCUUUUGGGUAGUUUUUGUAGUAACUUGUGGUUUUCUUCACAAUCAUUCAAGAUGGUCAAACCCCUGACAUGUGGGAUUGCUUCUGCACAACCUUGGAGAAAGUCUGUAAAUUCUUUCAGUGCUUAAGAAUCAGUUGCUUGUAUCAAUCUUGUAUCGAAAGGCCUUUUGAACAAGGAAUGGGUUGCCACAUCUCAGAUGUAGGACUUUCAAGGCGCCUGUAUAUGCAUCCUCCAAGUUCCUGUAGAAGAACCCUUCCACCAUGUGGAGGUGAGAGGGCUGGAAGAGCACCAUCACCUGCACCACAGAGGAUCAAGCAGCACAGGUGAGAGCUGUUAGCUGAAUGAUCCUCAUGUCUAAAAGGCAGCAUCGGAGCUGCCUCAGAGGAAAGGACUCAGAACACUCGGACAGAAUCUCAGCAACACUGUGAAACAUGGCAGAGACACUGAGCUGUUCAAGUUUAACUUUUUAAUUUAUGUUUGGAUUUAAUAAAAGAUGCUAAAAUUGAA